AUGGCUCGCUUGGCUACGGACGGGAAGCUUCGUGCAUCUGAAAUAUAUGGAGUUGCCGACAACGUAAACGGGACUGCCGCGAGGUGGUUACAUGUACUAUUCCUACGGAUGUCGCCAGUUAUACUUAUUUUUUUGGCUGUGAAUGACCUAGAAUUAAUUGGAGAAGAUGAACAGUUUUUGUAA